CCUCCAACUCGCCCUCUCUCAUCCCCUCCACUCCCCCCUCCGAUCUUCUUCGUUUCUUCACGGAUUUUGCGGAUCGAGAUGGCCCCGAAGAGAGAAAAGUAAGCUCUUCCGAUCCCUCCAAUUAGUUUUAAUCAAACACCUUUCGAUUCGUCGCUUUGUUCGAUUCACAAAUCACUCCUUUUUUGAACUAGAUUGAAUAUUUUUUAACCCUAGGAUUGAUUUAGGUUGAUUCUAGAUGUUAUAUUGUGUUAGAUAUGAACUCUAUUCACUAGUUGGUAUGGUUGUGUUAAGAUGAACCCUAGUUCAUAUUUGAUUUGAAUGAUUUUUUUUUGAUAUGAUGCAUGUUGGAGGCAUUUGUUGUGACAGAUGAUGCAUGUUCCUAUGCUAUGAUGCAAGUAUUGGAUGUAGUGUAUGAUGAAUAUUGGAGAUAUUUGUUAUAUGUAGGGUAUGGAUCCUCAAGAUGAACCUAGUUCAUAUAUUUUUGUUAUCAAAAAAUUUAUUAUAUGAUGAAUAUUGGAGAUAUUUGUUGCAUGUAGUGUAUGUUAGAUGAUGCAAAUACUGGAUUUUGUUGGGGUAAAAAUGGUGAACCCCUCAAGAUGAACCCUACUUCAUGUUUUUGUUUUUUAAGAAAAUAUGAGAUGAUGCAUGUUGGAUGAUGUUGGAGAAAUAUGUAAUAUGAUGCAUUUGAACCUUGAUGAGCCUUUGUUAUGCUUAUGUUUAUGUUUAUGCAAUUUUUUUAGGAGGCCACCUCUUGCGGAUGACAUUGGCAUCAAGUAUACUAUGCUUGACCCUACGUUCGACAAGGGCCAUCGUGCCCGUUUUAUUGAGAACGGAGUGGUAAGUAACUUUCUUAAAACAAAUAUUUUGAAUCGAUGAAAAAAAGUUACUAAUUGUUUGGGUCUUCAUUUCGACAGAUGCUCCCGCCACUGCGGAUGAGGGGUCACGAGACGACCGUGAAGAUGGAGUACGACGAGCGGUACACGUCGUUCUACAGGAGAGCCCGACUGCUGGGUUUCGUCCUGCAGUUCAAGUGCAAGCCGCCGACGCUCGUUCACUCAGCUCUCACGGCUUUGAUUGAUCGGUGGCGGCCAGAGACGCACAGCUUCCAUCUUCCAUGUGGGGAGAUGAGUGGGGGAUGAUUACGGGCCUACCGCUCGAGGGUCAUGCUCUGACAAGAAGAGUGGAGAGGAAGAACUGGCACGACAGGGUUGUCACCCUCAUCGGCGACUGCCCCGCCCCCCAGAUAAGAAGAACCGGACUUCCGGCAUCCCGUUGCCCUGGCUCCUGAAGUGCCGGAGCAAGUGCCCGGAAGGGGCCGAACCCCGGGUGGUGGAGCAGUACGCCAGGGCCUACCUGUGGUAUCUUCUCACGGAGGUAGUGUUUCCAGACUGCUCUGGGGACACUGCCCUCUAGAUGUAUCUCGACUUUCUGGCGGACUGAGAUGCGGGGUACAGCUGGGGGGCCGCCGGCCUCGCCUACCUAUACCGUUCGGUAAGUGAAUAUCACAUCAUUGUUUCAAAUAUCAUGGACGUGUGCUGCUUUGGAUUUUGGCAUCUUACACUUGUUUUGUAGCUUGACGAUGCAACCAGGAGGACGGAAGCUACAUCCGGUAUGUGUGGAUGUGUGUGGGGCCUCUCCAUUUGGAUGUGGGAGCGUAUCCCGGUGGGUCGUCCGGAGAAGCUUAGAGCGCGUGCAUGGACCGACUAUGGCGAAGAUGGCGACGAUGCUCGAUACCUACGCUUGGGACGUGGUGGGUACAAUCUCGGGUGAAUCCAAGGCCUUGUACAAGAUCUUCAUCAACGAGCUUGAUGCUCUGAUGCCUCUCCAGGUAUAAGACCUAGCUUUCGAAUGUGGUCGACAACACUUUCACUUGAGCUUACCACUUUUGGUGCUAGGUUAACUGGUGGCUGUAUACUGAUGACCGAGAGUGGGGGUUCGAGCUGAACGUGUUGUGCAUGCAGGACCGGCUUCUCUGGCGGUGCAUCGUGCCCAUGAUUUGUGUCUAUGCCGUCGAGUACCACUUGCCACAGCGCGUUACCGCGCAAUUUGGUGAGGCGCAACGUACACCACCAGCCGGCAUCGUCAAAGAUACCGGUGGCUACGACCUGCACUUGCUGAGCAGGAGGAAGAAUCAGUCUAUCACCGAUUGGGGAGAGCAACAUGCCAAAUACGUGAUUGAAUGGAACCAGUGGAAAACUCGCAAAGAUGUGGAGAGAAGAGUGAUUGACUGGGAGGAGUACUCGGAUCACCUGCUGUGGUUCGACGAUGGCAUCAAGCAUCGUCUGCGCCUAAGGCCACAGUGGACGACGGCAGACGCCGAAAGUCUGUACGACGACGACUCCGAGAAUGAAGCCUACAAUGACAGCAUCAGAGAGCUACAUGGCGGAUUUAGGGAGUACGGACCCAUCAUGAACAGAGUGUCUUCGGAGCUGAACAAAAGCAUUUUUGAUGCCUCUGAUGCGCUUAGUUCUAUCCCCGGGACUCGAGCUAGUGAGAACAAGUUGAGGGGAACAGUGAAGAAGUUCGUCAAAAAAUGUCGCAAGCUUGUGGGCCUGCUUGGGCGUGCCACCUCCUCCGCUGAUGUGAUUGCUCAUGCAGCAUCGAUGCGUAGCCUCACUUCAUCGAGCCAGGCCGCCUCAUCGUCUAUGGCGGUUCAAGAUGAUGAGGAGGGUGAAGACAAUGAUGAUGAAGAGGAAGAUGAAGAAGAAGGCGAGGAAGAGGGAGCAGAAGAACAUGGUGAAGAAGAGGAAGAGGACGAUGAGGAGGAGGAGUACGAUGAUCCCGACGGACCUCCACCAACUCAGACAACCCAGCGUGAGAAGAGAAAUGUGCCGAAGAAGGAUUGGAAGAGUCCAUCCCCGUUUCAGAAAGCGCGUCCUACUCAUCGCAAGAAGGCGGCCGAGAAGCGAUCAAAGAACAACGAGGACCGGACCGCGAAGAGGGGAAGAAAUGACUGAAGUUGCUGCCGUGUUCAAGAACUAAAAACUUGCAUGUUUGCUUCGUGAACCAUAUGGAUUUGCUCGUGAAAUUGUUUCGUUAAUUUGCUAUGUAUAACUUGGUGAAAACCUUUGUGGAUGUCUAUUUGCUAUGUAUCCAACCUAUCUUAUUUAUGGAUU